CGGCGGUGCCGGUGCCGCUCGGGCCGCCAUGGCGCUCCGCUCCUAAAGCCGUCAGCAGCCCCGGCGCGGCCGCCCCGUCGAAGUUUUUUCGGUGGGGAGGAAGAGGAGGAGAGGAGGAAAAGGAGGAGGCGGUGCGGCCGCAUGCCCGCCGCGGGCCCGCGCUCGGCGCGCUCAGGUCCCUCUAGCACGUCAUGAUGGUGGAAUCCGCCUCGGAGACGAUCCGCUCCGCUCCGUCCGGCCAGAACGGGGUCAGCAGCCUCAGCAACCAGCCCGACGGGGGCGGCGGCGGCGGCGGGGGCCGGGAAGGGGCUGCCAGCGGGGACAGCAACGGGGAGCUGAGCCCAGUGGAGCUCCUGCACUUCCAGCAGCAGCAGGCUCUCCAGGUGGCACGCCAGUUCCUGCUGCAGCAGGCCGCGGGGCUGAGCUCCCCCAGCAGCAAUGAGGGCAAGCAGCCGGCGGUGCAGGUCCCCGUGUCCGUGGCCAUGAUGUCCCCACAGAUGAUCACACCACAGCAGAUGCAGCAGAUCCUGUCCCCGCCCCAGCUCCAGGCCCUCCUGCAGCAGCAGCAGGCAAUAAUGCUGCAGCAGUUGCAGGAAUACUACAAGAAGCAACAGGAGCAGCUUCACCUGCAGCUAUUGACACAACAGCAAGCCGGAAAGCAGCAACCCAAAGAGCAGCCGUUAGGGAACAAGCAGCUGGCGUUCCAGCAGCAGCUCCUGCAGAUGCAGCAGCUCCAGCAGCAGCACCUGUUAAACCUGCAGCGCCAGGGGCUGGUGAGCCUCCCGCCGGGCCAGGGCACCGUGCCCCUGCAGAGCCUCCCCCAAGCUGUGUGCCCCUCGGACCUGCAGCAGCUCUGGAAGGAGGUCACCGCUGCCCAGCCUGUCGAAGACAGCAUCAAACAAGAGGGUCUCGACCUCACCACCAACACCUCCAACUCUACCUCGUUUUCGGCCGCCAAGGUCUCGCCUCCCAUUUCCCACCACCCUCUGCCCAAUGGGCAGAGCACCAUGCACACGCCGAGAAGGGACAGCUCUUCCCACGAAGAGACCCCUGGCUCUCACCCUCUCUAUGGCCACGGAGAGUGCAAGUGGCCUGGCUGCGAAACCCUCUGUGAGGACUUGGGACAGUUUGUCAAACACCUCAAUACAGAACACGCACUUGAUGACCGAAGCACAGCCCAGUGUCGAGUUCAGAUGCAAGUGGUACAGCAGCUGGAGAUACAGCUGGCAAAGGAGAGUGAGCGCCUGCAGGCCAUGAUGGCCCACCUCCACAUGAGACCUUCGGAGCCAAAGCCUUUCAGCCAACCUUUCUGUUCCGUUGUGCCAGGCAUCAGUGCAUGGCAUGGGGCAGGAGUGAAAUGCUGCUCAUGUUGGCACACGGCGCUGCUUUGGUCAUGCAUCAGGUGCAUCCCGUCCCUAUCCCAUAACUGCAUCCCCAUCCCACAGUGCAUCCCCUCCCCACCCCAUGGUGCAUCCCACUCCCCGCACCGUACCUCCUGCCCAGCACAGUCCCACUCCCAGAGCGGUCCCAGCACAGCCAGCCCCGUAUUUUCCCCACUCCCAUCCACUCUCCCUUCCUCCCCGCAGCUGAACCUGGUCUCGAGUGCUACCCUCUCCAAGAGCACCUCGGACACGUUCCCCGACGGUUUACCUCAUCCCCCCACCUCUGCCACGGCCCCCAUCACCCCACUGCGGCAGGGCCCCUCCGUCAUCAGCUCUUCCACGUUACACAGCGUGGGGCCCAUCCGCAGGAGGAACUCGGAGAAGUUCUGCACCCCGAUAUCUUCAGAGCUUGCACAGAACCAUGAGUUUUACAAGAAUGCAGACGUCCGGCCGCCCUUCACGUACGCCUCGCUCAUCCGGCAGGCCAUCCUGGAGACCCCCGACAGGCAGCUGACACUGAAUGAGAUCUACAACUGGUUCACCAGGAUGUUCGCCUACUUCAGGAGGAACACGGCCACGUGGAAGAACGCCGUCCGCCACAACCUGAGCCUGCACAAGUGCUUCGUGCGCGUGGAGAACGUCAAGGGCGCCGUGUGGACCGUGGAUGAGCACGAGUACCAAAAGCGAAGGCCACCAAAGAUGACAGGGAGUCCGACUUUAGUCAAAAACAUGAUUUCGGGACUCGGUUACGGAGCACUUAAUGCAAGCUACCAGGCAGCGCUGGCAGAGAGCAGCUUCCCUCUGCUCAACAGCCCCACCAUGAUCAACACGAGCUCUGCCAGUGGGAUGCUGCACGUGGGCCACGACGACGUCAGCAGCACAGUGGAGCAAGUCAACAGCAACGGCAGCAGCAGCCCGCGCCUGUCCCCGCAGCAGUACAGCAGCCACCCCGUGCACGUGAAGGAGGAACCAGCCGAGGCUGAGGACGACAGCCGGCCCGUCUCGCUGCUGGCCACCGCCACCCAGAAUGUGACAAUUCCUGACGACAGGGACCUGGAGGAGGAGCUGCCGGUGGAAGACUUGUCCUAAGGACCUCGAGCGCUGCCCGCGCUCCGGCUGCAAACAAAGCCCGGCUCCCGGCUCCCCAAGGUGACCUCUGGCGUUCACCCGUUUCUUCAAGGCACUUCCACAAAGCAAAAGGGUUUCCUCGGGGCACCCGUCCGGCUCCCCACUGCCCAGCGACUGGUGGGUCCCCGGCGCGGGGGACAUGUGGCAAAACAAGAAACAAACCCCCCUGAGCUGAACGUUGUCCCCCCUGCUCCCUUGGUUAGUAACUGGUGAACGAGGAUGGUAGAUUGUUUCUGUCCGAAGUCGUCCCUCCUUCCUUCCCCACAUCCACACUCCAAGGAAGGCUCCUCCGUCCCCUCAUCCCGCACCCUGUGGCUGUGGGCUCUCUCCAAGACGCGGCUCCAUGAUGUCCCCAGAUCCCCAGCGACCGCCCCAGGGAGGCAGGACCCCUCUGCUGAGCCUCCUCCCAGUGGGUUUUGCACUACGAGGACCCGCGGUCCUUUCCCACGUGCUGCCUCCAUCCGGCUUUGGGGGAAGAAACCGCAGAAAUGGGGCCGAGAUCUGUGCUGCAGCCUCACACCACCAUCCUGCACCCGCUGGGACCCUGCGUGUCUGCACAGCCCUGACGUCACCACCACUGGUGCUGCCCACUCCCCCCGUGCCAUCCUCCAGUCUCCAUCGGGCUGGUGGCAUCCAGGUGGUGACAACCGUCCUGGCUGGGCACUGAGGACAAAGCUCUGGCUGCAUCUUGGCAUUGGAUGCAGCGAUGGUGGCUUCUCACUGCCGGACCCAUGGAAGGCUGGGAUGGAAAGAAGCUCCUCGCUGCGGCUGGGAUGGGCUCUGGGUCUGCAGGAGCCACAGAAAAGGUUGGCACGUGGAGUCCCACCAGCAAAACCCUGCCCAGGGCUCCAACGCUGCCAUCCACGUCAGGGGGGACGGGCUCGCUGGAGCCGGGCUCUUCAUUCCCCAUUUUGCCUUCGUUCCGUCCUCCUCUUGUGUGCGUUGCGCGACUGCGUCCAGAUGGGAAGAUACCAAAAGAUGUCUAGAGACAGCAGGUCCGUAGUUCAGGUGAACAGAUGGUAUUGAUGCCAAAAAGAAAUGUUAAUAAUAACGAGAACGACACAACCAAACACCCCUCUUCUCCCUGCGCUUUCUUUCUCUGGUGGCAGUGGUGGUACCCAGGCUCCCCAUAGCCUGGGCUGCUCUUGGUGGACCAACAACCCCCUCCUCUCCUGGGGGAUGCAUUGGUGUGCAGCAUUUCUCUAGGGUCAGACCUCCUCCUUCCUCUGCUAUGGGGUGAGAGCUGGAGUGCAGUGGGGCUGCGUGGGGCACCUUGUGGGUCUGCUGCCCCCAGAGCUGUGUUUUGUGGUGAAAAUGGGACGCGUGUUGUGGGGCGCAGGCAGGGGAUCCCCGGGUGAGCACUGUUUUGUACCCAUGCAUCACCUCAGCAACGUCCCCAAGGUGCUGGUGACCCUGCAGCGUGUAUCCCCUAAUUCAGGUCACUGCAACACCUGCAUGCGGGGAUGGGGCUCCCAGGAGGCCGAGCAAAACCCCCCCGUACUUGAAGGGGCGUCCCCCUGUUGCACCGUCCAGGCGAUGCUGAACCCCAAAGCUCAUCCUGGUGGGGGGUCACCUGCAUCCCGUGUACACCCCCCAAAAAAACCCGCAGCAAUAGAAAGCAGUGGGUUAUUCUACGAUGGGAAGAUCCCUCGGCCCAGCUCGCCGUGCCGCUCGGAGCACGGAGCGCUGCCGGGCUCUCCCCUCGCUAGGUGUCCCCACUCGCCCCGCGUUCCGCCGCUCCAUCGCCGCUGCCACCGCCGCAGACGCACAAGCAGAGCGCAGCGCCGAGCAUCCCCGUCACCCCCACCAAAGAAUUCCCCCCCCUCCCCCCACUCACACACCCCUCCCCCUACAACUUUAAUUUUUUUUUUUUCGUUUUUUUUAUAAGUUAUUGUUUUAAACAAGUUUACAGCUCCGCGUGGAGGUGUGGAUGAAGGUUGGCCGGUGCUGUGCGCUGCUGCUUUCCUGCCCUACAGAGGGGCGGGGGGGGUUGAGGAGGGAGGAUCUGUCUGCCGUGUUGGUGCCCCCCGCCUCCACCCGCACCCUCUGCAGCUCAGUUUCCCCUCAGCAUCCAUCCAGGCUUCAUUUUUGUCCUUUCGACUUAGGAAGACUUCUUUCUUAUCCAUACAAACACUGGCAGUGCUUCCCCUUCCCCCUUCCCCCUCCUCCCUCCCCCCUCCCCACCCCUCCGUGCCCUUUGCUGGAGCUUUCAGCGUCGAUGCUUUGGGGAUUGUGGGGAACAUUGGGGUCCCAAGCAGGGCAGCCUUCCGUGCCCUCCCAACUCAAUGGGGCAGUGUGGCCGUGGGGUGCCAGGCAGGAGUUGUUGUCCCCAAGCAUGAAGGUCCCUCCAGCCAACAGAGCCUGCUUUCCUCACGUGCUUUGGGGGUCCUGAGCACCCUGAUGGCCCCGGGGAGGGGACGAAGUGCCCUCUUGCUGCUGUUCCCACUGAGGGACGCUGCAUUCCGGGGGUUGAGGCACAGCUGGUGGCACCUGGUGGCUCUGGUGACACUUUGCUGAUGUCGCCAGCCCUGCAUCCCUCUGCCUGCGCUCUGCACAGCUCCCACCGCUCCUCUCCUUGGAGCUGCCUGUUUCCAUAGCUGCUCUCUUCGCUCUUCUUCUCUUCCCAAUUUCCCUCUGGGGAUUUCAUUUUCUUAGCAGCUCUUCCAGCGCUGUUUUCCUGCACUGGGCUGAGUGAAAGCAGGCACAGCGUGGGCACACAGCACGCUGGCACACCUGCAGGCGCUCUGUGCUCCCCCUUGGGCUGUGCUUUGUGAUGUUUCAGCUGUCCAGCGGUACAAUCGCCCCAAACUCCCCCCAGAACUGCAAUGAGGUCCCCCCUGCUCCCCCAACCCCUCCUCGCCCUGUGCCCCAUAAGUUGUUAGCCGCAAUCCCGGCUCGCGUGAGCACCACAUAUAUAUAUUAUAUAUAUAUAAGUAAAUAUAUAAAUAUAAAGGAGGUUUUUUUUUAAAAAAAAAAAAACAAAAGCAAAAACAAAGACAUGCACAGGUUUUUGGGAUGCCCCGUGGCUCCGAGCCCUGCCUCCCCCCCAGCCAAAGUGGGACCACGGUGGGGGGGAUGCGGGCGCCACGCAUCGCCCUGCUGCUCUCAGGGCCGAGCGGCCCCACGCACAGCCUGCACCCCACCAGGGACGGACGCCCCCAGCCCCGGCGCGUGUUUCCUUUUCUGCCGGUUGGGAUUUGUACAGAAUUCCACGUCUUACCUCAAACACGUGUCUGGCGCAGGGGAGAAGGGGAGGAAGGAUUGAGGACCAAAGGCAGCGCGUGGCGGAGCCCCGUGUCUGUAUAUACGGAGAUAUGUACAUACUGGUUGGAAACCCACUGCCACGAGCUGCUCUCUUGCGUUGGGAUGCUGGCUCUGCUCGCGGCAGCGGCUUCUCCCUCACUGAUGUCCAGAAGGAUGAACUCUGUUUUCAAUGUCUUUUUUUUUUAUUAUUAUUAUUAUUUUUAACGCUGAUUCGUUUUGUGUGGAAUCGGUGGAGGGGGGGCGAGGAGGGGCCCAGCGUGGGGGCAGCGCUGGGUGCCGGGGGGGGGAGGGACAGCAGCAGCCCAAACUGCAUUAAACCAAAGGGUUUCUGUGCUUUGUUUACAUGACUGUCCCACGUCGCCGCCCAGGAGGAAGCCCCCACGUUUGGGUUUUUGUCCUGGAAAUGCUGUGGGAGGCGGGGAACGGGAUGGAGCCGGGCAGUGGGGACCCCCCUGCAACCCAGCGCUGGGCUGAGAGCCCCUCAUGGUGCAGCCCAAGGGGGGGGGGGGGGUGAGGGGGAGCAUCACCCACCAACACUUCUCCUUUAUGUCCCCAUAUUUUUUCCCCCUCGUUGCCGGGGAGGGGCCGGAGGGAGGUGGCUGGGGGGGAUAUGUACGAAGCCCCCUCCCCGCCGCCGCAUCCCUCGUGCUGUAUAAAGGAAAUAGCGUUGCUGUGUAUUUGUACUCCGACCUUCCGUGUGUCUGCUUUGGCAGACGGUAAACCCUUGUACAGUAGGUCUAGCUGCAUGUAAUCUGUAUGGACAACGGCAUUAUAAAAUGCAAUAAAAGGAAUUACCUAUC